AGGUGGUUAAAUUACUUGAAGACGGAUCCAAAAAACUUGUAGCUUACGGAACGGUCAUGGUUGCUGGAGAUGUCCUUCACGGAUCUCCCUUUCCUAAAGACUGCUUACGUGUGGCGAUUGAUGAGGUUGUUGAUGAUAAUGCACGAUUACCCAAACCUAUUUCAGAUGACAUGGUUACAGUGGGAAAUGCAUUAGGAACCCAUGUAGCAUGGCCUACUCAUUUGGUGGUGGAGAAAUCAAUUGAGAAACCUGAUAAGAAGACACGUGGAAAAAAGAUUUUGAAAGAGUCCGCGGUGAAGAAUUUGUCAUCAUUGCCUUCAUCAUUAGUAGCACUAUAUUGUAUGAUGGAGAAGUCAUUCGCGGGAGAAGGAAUACGUCUUCCAAUAGACUUUGAAAUGUUUGGGCAAGAUCUAAAAAUUUGGAUUCUCUUGAAGGAUGAUGUGAUUCCCUUUUGUAAUCUGGAACCGAUUACAGGGAACAGCAUUAUCGCAUACAUUUGGUAAAUAUCUUAUUAAGCUACUAUCAUUUAUAAUCGGGAUUUCUUAUCUAAGUCUGAAAUGAUUUGUUGACAGCCAUUCUUAUGGAAAGAUGAAGACAGAGGGAAGUCUUGGGAGGUUUAUGUUUGUGAAUCCAUUUACUGUAUCUCAAAAUCGACAAGACUCAACCGAGACAAGAGCCCGCAAACUAGCAGACAGGUUACUUCAGGCUUUAUCAAAUCAGCUGGUACUCGUUCCUUGCAACGUGGGUGGGCAUUGGAUUCUGACAAUCAUUGAUCUUGAGAAAGAUCGUGUCUCUUUGAUGGAUCCAAUUUCUCAUCGGAAUAAAGAUACCCCAUGGAAACUCGUCGUUGACAC